GGUUGGGAGGCGGAGACCUGGCGGCGGAAGGUGCCCAGUGAGCCCAGCCAUCUGCGAGGCUGCGCGGGCGGGCGGGGGUUUGUGCGUCCCGCCAUGUGUCACCCUGGCCACUCGCCUGUCAGGACCAGCUAGCCAAGCCCAGGAUCCUGAACUGUCCCCAGACAUUCUGUUAUUGUUCCAUUGACCUUUCCCUCAUCACUGAGUCCUUUGGAGCUGAGUUAUGUCAACAGCUGCCUUAAUUACUUUGGUCAGAAGUGGAGGGAACCAGUUGAGAAGAAGAGUGCUGCUAAGCUCCCGCCUGCUGCAGGACGACAGGCAGGUGACACCCACGUGCAACAGCUCCACUUCAGAGCCUAGGUGUUCUCGGUUUGACCCUGAUGGUAGUGGGCGUCCAGCUACCUGGGACAAUUUUGGGAUCUGGGAUAACCGCAUUGAUGAGCCAAUUCUGCUGCCACCCAGCAUUAAGUAUGGCAAACCAAUUCCCAAAAUCAGCUUGGAAAAUGUGGGCUGUGCCUCACAGAUUGGCAAACGGAAAGAGAAUGAAGAUCGGUUUGACUUUGCUCAGCUAACAGAUGAGGUCCUGUACUUUGCAGUAUAUGAUGGACACGGUGGACCUGCAGCCGCUGAUUUCUGUCAUACCCACAUGGAGAAAUGUAUUAGGGAUUUGCUUCCUAAGGAGAAGAACUUGGAAACUGUGUUGACCUUGGCUUUUCUAGAAAUAGAUAAAGCCUUUUCAAGUCACACCCGCCUGUCUGCUGAUGAUGGAUCUGGUGACCAAAUGCUGAAAUACACUACAGGCUCUUUCUCUGCUCUCCCAUGUGUUGCAGCAACUCUUCUGACCUCUGGGACUACUGCAACAGUAGCCCUAUUGCGAGAUGGUAUUGAACUGGUUGUAGCCAGUGUUGGGGACAGCCGGGCUAUUUUGUGUAGAAAAGGAAAACCCAUGAAGCUGACCAUUGACCAUACUCCAGAAAGAAAAGAUGAAAAAGAAAGGAUCAAGAAAUGUGGUGGUUUUGUGGCUUGGAAUAGUUUGGGGCAGCCUCAUGUAAAUGGCAGGCUUGCAAUGACAAGAAGUAUUGGAGAUUUGGAUCUUAAAACCAGUGGUGUCAUAGCAGAACCUGAAACUAAGAGGAUUAAGUUACAUCAUGCUGAUGACAGCUUCCUGGUCCUCACCACAGAUGGAAUUAACUUCAUGGUGAAUAGUCAAGAGAUUUGUGACUUUGUCAAUCAGUGCCACGAUCCCAAUGAAGCAGCCCACGCAGUGACUGAACAGGCAAUACAGUACGGUACUGAAGAUAACAGUACUGCAGUAGUAGUGCCUUUUGGUGCCUGGGGAAAAUAUAAGAACUCUGAAAUUAACUUCUCAUUCAGCAGAAGCUUUGCCUCCAGUGGACGAUGGGCCUGAUCACCAGCUGGGACUUUGAGUUUCUGUGCAACAGUUUUUCACUGAACAUGUCAAGAAACUGAUGAGAUCAGAAAAGUCUCCUGUCUCUGGGUGACCCUGUGAUUCACUAGAUCAGUGCACAAGUCAGUGUAAACUUAACCACUUAGUUUUCUUCAUAAAUACUCAUAUUUAUGUUCAACUGUAGGUGCUCCAUGUAAAUGUGUGUAGUGAUGCUACUGUGAGUCUUUAAAUUGAAAGCAAAUAAGAAGUGGUUUGGAUACACUUGAUGAGAGAUGAGAGUGUUACAUUAAUAAUUUUUAAGACUCUUAGGCAGCUAUGGGUUUUUUUUUUUAUCAUUUUUGUUCUUUUUUUUUUUUUUUUUUUUUUUUGAGACGGAGUUUCGCUCUUGUUACCCAGGCCGGAGUGCAAUGGCGCGAUCUCGGCUCACCGCAACCUCCGCCUCCUGGGUUCAGGCAAUUCUCCUGCCUCAGCCUCCUGAGUAGCUGGGAUUACAGGCACGCGCCACCGUGCCCAGCUAAUUUUUUGUAUUUUUAGUAGAGACGGGGUUUCACCAUGUUGACCUGGAUGGUCUUGAUCUCUUAACCUCGUGAUCCACCCGCCUCAUUUUUGUUCUUUAUUCAUUUGAAAACAUUUUGAAGUUCUUCAGAACUAGUCAGUUUGAAUUUUGACAGCUAUUCAAUAUGUGAUCUCCAAGUUAAAAAAAAAAAAAAAUUUCCAGGCUUCCCUAAUUCUAAAAUGCAAGUUUUUAUUUUAAAUAACUGUCCCAACGAAUAAGUAUGAAAACAGUUUUCUGUUACCAUAUUUUGUAUUCUGGACCACUUACUGGUGAAAAUAACCCUGCAAAAGAAAGUAAUUCAGCCAGGCAUAGUAGCUUAUACCUGUAAUCCCAGCACUUUGGGAGGCCAAGGUGGGUAGGUCACCUGAGGUGAGGAGUUCAAGACCAGCCUGACCAUCAUGGUGAAACCCUAUCUCUACUAAAAAUUAAAAAAAAAAAUUAGCUGGGAGUGGUGGCAGACACCUGUAAUCCCAGCUACCAGGGAGGCUGAGGCAAAAGUAUCACUUAAACCCAGGAGGCAGAGGUUUCACUGAGCCGAGAUUGCACCAUUGCAUUCUACCCUGGGCAACAAGAGUGAAACUCCAUCUCAAAAAAAAAAAAAGAUACUAAUUCAGAUGAUAUGACAUUACUAAAUUGUAUACAUAUUUAUAAAUGUGUAUUUCAACUGUCUCAUCAGCCCUCCUCUCUGUUCAUUCCUAUUUUUCUGCAGUUAAGAAUACUAUACAAAUGUGAUUAUUCCUUAAUAUCACAAAAGAAUGUACAGGCUAAGAGUCUUCUGGUCAGAAGUUAAAUACUGAUGGAAUCAAGUAUUUUGUAUAAAGUUUUCAUUUGUUAUCGCUAACUCUAUAUUUUGUGUUUUGUAUAUAGUAUUAUAGUAUGUGUAUAUCACUUAUAGAGUAAGGAAUUGAGUAAUUUGUUAGUAAAAAUAAUACCACAUUGACUGAUACUGCUAUAGACAUAGCUUGAGUUUUGUGUCUCCUUUUUGCUCAUUUUCUGGGACUUGGAAGAAAGAACAAAUCUAAAAUGAACAUUAAAAUAUUCUCCAUUUCAGCUUGCUGUGUCACUUAGGAGUAUAAAACUAUAUUUCUCUUUAUCUGCAUGUAAGUUUGCUGUUAAAAUGUGAAUUUCUAAAUGUGUGUUUGGAAUUAGAUCUGUAGUUUAUUUCUGCAAACUAUGUAAAUUUGUUAUAUUUGUGGGUGGAUGUACAUAUGUAUAUUUUGGAGUAAUACAAAGUUAAAGGGAACAAUCUCACAUACUUCUUUCACCAGUUUUAAAUUAUUGAUAUGUCAUUUUUAAGGACUCUUGACAAACUAGGGGCAAUUUCCUUAUAGUGGAUAGCCAGUGAUUAUUAGAAGAUGAGGAAAUAGAAUAAAAAUUGCUAUAUGGCAAUUUGCAUAUAAGGUAAUAGGAUGUGAGAAAAAUACUGAAUCUUAAGAAUGACAUGGAAUUUUGUGGCAGAAAAGAAGAAAGGUUGAUGUGGUAUAUACCUUCAACUGAUUUUUUGGCUUUUUUUUUCUUUAAGCUUUAGGUAAAGGUGUAUGCGUAGGGAGAGAGCCCAAUAUAAAUAUUCACAUCUUCUUACCUUUUGGGGAACAGAAGAAAAUAAAUCUUGAGCUUUCUGCCUCUAUUAAUCAGGAAUUGUCCUUUACAAAAAGUGCUGAAUAAGUAUUUCAAUUUUUUUUUCCAAGAGAAGUUAGGUGAAAGAAAGAAAAACAUCACAGGAAAAGACCAUCGUGCCCUGUUUGUUGGCUGAGAGGUGAGGAACCAAAGGGAGGCAGCUAAAGCAGGAAACCAUCUUGCUUUAUCUAGUCAGUUCUUGGAAUAGAAAUGUGGAAGCUACCUUUAGGGACAAGGAGAGUUUCCAAACCAACAGGCAAAGGAAAACUAAUGCACAAAAAUGACAUUCUAAAGAUGCAGGAUUUGGCCAGGCGCAGUGGCUCAAGCCUAUAAUUCAAGCACUUUGGCAGGCCAAGGCAGGUGGAUCACAUGAGGUCUCGAACCAUGGCCAACAUGGUGAAUCCUCUCUCAACCAAAAAUGCAAAAACUAGCCGGGUGUGGUGACAGGCGCCUGUUAUCCCAGCAACUGGGGAGGCCAAGGCAGGAGAAUUGCUUGAACCUGGAAGGCAGAGGUUACAGUGAGCUGAGAUCACAUCAUUGCACUCCAGCCUGGACAACAGGGCAAAAACUCCAUCUCAAAUAAAUAAAUAAAGAUGCAGGUUUCAUUUUUGUUUUGAAUGCUUUACAUUACUAUUCCUCUCUUUUACUUUAAGGUUAGGAGUGAUGUCAGGUUCAAAGGCAUGAGGGUGAUUGAUGGAUUGAGGUAGAUAGCUAAGUUUGUCUGUUUUUGUUUUUGUUUUUUAAUAGUGACAGAGACUCUGCUGUUCACGCUGGAGUGCAGUGGUGCGAUCACAGCUCACUGAAAUUAACAGGUUUGACAAAAAGGGAUAUAGGGCAGACUUGACUGCUUUAUCCCGGGAAGGUUUUAAACCUUAAGCCAGUUAACUUUGACUAAGCAUAAAACAUACUAUACUGGUGUUUGUAUUUUUCAUGCCACAAAAUUAAAAUGGAACUUUAAAUGUAGAUUAAUAUAAUCUAUAAGAGAUAAGUAUACAUGUAUUCGGAUACUGGAAAAUAUGCAAAUAGUAGUUUAAAAAGGGACUGCUCUAGUUUUUUACUUCUAACUGAAUUUGCCCUGUGGGUAUAGGUGUAGCGUCAUUUACAUUAAUGUAGUAAAACACAUCACUUGUGUUUGGGUUUGUCUUUCAUUCACAUGUAGUAUAUAAAUCACCUUUCUAAUACGCGUUGCCAAACUAUUUGCCACCAUCUAUUUGGUGAAAUAUUCUAGAGUCAUUGUGAUUUUCCACAAGUACGAGUUCUUAAGUACCUUAUAGAUUCAGAAGUGAACACUGUCCUGUUCUCCAUCAGCUGUUCAUUUGUUACAGAUGUUUGUAUUUCUUAAGUGCUUCAAAAUCUUACACAUUUUUCUGGGGGGAUGUCCACUGUGGAAGGAUCCAUUUUGGUCCUUUGUGCUCUAUCACAUGAACUUUCCCCAUGUUUCCACACUUAAAAAAUAAUUACUUCUAAGAAUUAUUAGCACAUAAUCUAAAAGAUGGAAAUUAUUUUUUUAAGUGAAAUUUGAUUUUUUUCUUUUAGGAUUUUGGUAGAGACUAAGUAGGCCUACUCAUCAAUAUCAAACAAGACACUUAUUUUCUUUCCUAAGAAUGGACAUAAAUUUAAUUUCAUGGUGGUAUGAUAAUAAGAAAAUGUUUCUAUCUUUCUUGAGCACCUCCAUGAUUCUCAUAUACCCAUAUCUAUAAAAAGUGACAUGCAGGCCGGGCGUGGUGGCUCACGCCUGUAAUCCCAGCACUUUGGGAGGCCGAGGCGGGUGAAUCACGAGGUCAAGAGAUCGAGACCAUCCUGGUCAACAUGGUGAAACCCCGUCUCUACUAAAAACACAAAAAAUUAGCUGGGCAUGGUGGUGCGUGCCUGUAAUCCCAGCUACUCAGGAGGCUGAGGCAGGAGAAUUGCCUGAACCCAGGAGGUGGAGGUUGCAGUGAGCCCAGAUCGCUCCAUUGCACUCCAGCCUGGGUAACAAGAGCGAAACUCCGUCUCAAAAAAAAAAAAAAAGUGACAUGCGAUUUUGGUUGGGUUACAUUUUAUUGUAUUUAUUAGAUUCACUUGUAUAGAUGACUUAAGCAGAAAUAAAGUCAUGUCUUGACAAGGUGAGCAAGCCAAGGUUGUGAUGGCCUGCCUGUCGCUUUUGGCAUUUGGGAUGAGACCAAUUGACUCUCCCGUUGGUUGUUAGAUGGUUGAAAUGGUCCACUCGUGGUCAUACUUAGUGUUCAAGGCUGUGAAAUUAUGGAGUUCUUCCACCUCCAAGAAUGACUCAUCUGCUGUUGGAUUCUAGUAUGGAGUUUAGCAGCCUGAUGUGUCCCCAAAGUGAUUUAAUUUCUACUGAAGUGCUCUUGCAUACAUUUGUUUUAUAAUUUACCAAAGUACUACCUGAGUGUCUAAUGACUCCUAUAGCGAGUUAAUGUAAUUGCUGCUUUGACCUUUGUUUUAAAUGUAUGUAUUAGAGUAACUGUGAGCAGAAUAAAAUCACAUUAUCUCAGUGUUAAUAAAGUACAUGCAUUAAGCAAUUUUUUAAA